GAAUAGCUUAUUUCCCAAAAUACCCCCAACCGCCUUGCUCACAAUCUCACAUUAUAUAUCCCCCCGUCCCUUCCCCCAACAAAUCCGUCCCCUUCUUGCCGUAUUCUUCCUUCCCACGUUGCGUCUCAGCCGUUGAGAAUGGUUGCGGACGGCGACGGCGGCGGUGGGGCGGCGUUCCCCGUGGUGUUCUUCGACGGCCAGCAGGAGGUCGACAUCGGGCGCAUGCGCGUCAACCCGAUGAUGGAAUUCAAGAAUUUCCAGUUCACGAUCAGCCGGCGGAUCGGGAUUUCCCCCAACCAGAUUUCGAUUUACCUCUGCAACCGCAAGUCGGACCGCAAGAAGACUCCCAUCACCGGGAAGGUGAACUUCGAGUUCAUCGUCGCCUGCGAGAAGGACUGCUUCAUCCUCGCCGUGCUGAAGAGAUCGCGCAAGUCGGCGCGGAGGCGGAGGCCGAGGGCGAAUUGGAUGGAGGAGUGCGAGGAUUUGCUGUGGGAGUCCGAGUUCGCCGCCCGCUCGCCCCCGGUGGGGAAUUUGAUCUUGCUGCGCCGGAACCAGCCGGAAUUUCACGCUGCAAGAUUUGAACAUUCAGAAGCAGAAUUACGCAAUGGCGAUGGCUAGAUCGAAUCCGGACCCGAACCCGAAGAUCCUCCAGCACCCGGACCCGACGAGCCCCGACG